UAUAUAUAGAGGCACACACACAUGUUUCUUCAACUGGCCUUGUCCUCUCAAAUCCUCAAUCAACCAAACAUGAGAUUCUUUCUUCGUUCUCUUCUUCCUUUUCUAUUCAUCUUUCAAUCUUUUCUACUUCAAUGUCCUUUAAUGGCCCUACCUCUUUAUACCAAUUCAAGAUGGAUCGUUGACGAAGAUGGGAUACGGGUGAAGUUGUCAUGUGUGAAUUGGCCAUCGCACUUGGAGCCGAUGGUUGCCGAGGGCCUAAACAAGCAGCCUUUGGACAAAAUCUCCAAGAAAAUCAUAGCCAUGGGAUUCAAUUGCGUUCGACUCACAUGGCCUCUCUUCAUGGUAACCAAUGACUCGAUGGGGUCCCUUACAGUUCGCCAAUCCUUCCAAAAACUCGGCCUUUCUGAUUCCGUUGCUGGCAUCCAAAUCAAUAAUCCAACUCUUCUCGACCUCACCGUCAUCCAAGCUUUUCAGGUGGUGGUAUCAAACCUAGCAGACAAUAGUGUCAUGGUCAUACUAGACAACCACCUAAGCAAGCCUGGGUGGUGCUGCAGCAACACAGACGGCAAUGGCUUCUUUGGCGACACCUACUUCGAUCCUGACACUUGGAUCAGCGGUCUUACAAAAAUGGCCACUAUGUUCAACGGCUUCGGAUCUGUGGUUGGCAUGAGCCUAAGGAACGAACUCCGGGGGCCCAGGGAAAACGUGAGCAACUGGUACAGGUACAUGCAGAAAGGAGCCGAGGCCGUGCAUUCGGCAAACCCUGAUGUUCUUGUGAUACUCUCAGGCUUAAAUUUCGAUAAUGACUUGAGUUUCCUUUCAAACAAACAAGUGGAAGUAACAUUUUCAGGGAAGUUAGUUUUUGAGUUGCACUGGUAUAGCUUUUCAAAUUCCAAGGAUUGGGAGACUGGCGAUGUGAACGAGGUUUGCGGAAGGCUCACGAACAAUGUAAUGAGAAAAGCAGGUUUUCUAUUGGGGCAAGGGUGGCCAUUGUUUGUAAGCGAGUUUGGUAUUGACCAAAGGGGAACUAAUGUGAAUGAUAAUAGGUACAUAAGCUGCUUUCUUGGGGCCGCAGCGGAACUCGACUUGGACUGGGCUCUUUGGACAUUGCAAGGGAGCUACUACUUGAGAGAAGGGAUUAUUGCUUUGGAUGAGGUCUAUGGGGUGUUGGGUUGGGAUUGGUGUCAAGCUCGGAAUUCAAGCUUCUUGCAGAGAAUUUCAACUCUCCAAUCACCCUUCCAAGGUCCAGGUAUUUCAAAUGUCAGGCCAUACAAGGUCAUCUUCCAUCCAGCAACCGGCCUCUGUAUCUUGAGAAAGCUUCUAACAGAACCACCAAAGCUAGGACCAUGUGCUGAUUCUGAAGCAUGGAACUACACACCCCAGAAAACAUUAACCUUAAAAGGUACAUACUUUUGUCUGCAAGCUGUUGCACUAGAAGAGCCAGCCAGGUUUGGAAUCAUGUGUACUGGGUCAAAUUCAAAAUGGGAGCUCACAUCCGAUUCAAAGAUGCAUCUUUCAUCUAAGCUAACCGACGGUAACACUGUUUGCUUGGAUGUGGACUCCACCAAUACUAUCAUCACCAACACAUGCAAAUGCCUCAGCAAAGACGCAGCGUGCGACCCUGGCAGCCAAUGGUUCAAAAUCAUAGAUAGCACAAGAGCACAAUCCGCUAUUAAGCUCCCUGCUUUGACAAUAGAUCCUCUUUACUUAUCUACUUCACCUGUAUUGAAGAAUUCUCCAGCUGAAGAAAAGAAUACUCAGUAAAAUUCAAAUUCAGUACAUUAACACGGCAAAGAAAGAUAUGUACUUUUUUUUCUACUUUGAAUAAUUUCUAACCGAGAUACAGCGCAUCAAAUCCUACUAAACUGCAGUUGUACACCUGCAUUCAUCUUGUAUUUGUCAUUAUGUAUCUAAAGGUCUUUUAAUA